GUCAGUGUGUGUGUGUCAGUGUGUGAGAGUGUAUGAGUGUGUCUGAGUGUGUGUGUGUGUCCCCCUCUCUGUCCGCUGGGGGCGCUGUUCCCGCUCUCUCUCCCUGCAGUGCCCCUCUCUCUCCGCUGGGGGCGCUGUUCCCGCUCUCUCUCCCUGCAGUGCCCCUCUCUGUCCGCUGGGGGCGCUGUUCCCGCUCUCUCUCCCUGCAGUGCCCCUCUCUCUCCGCUGGGGGCGCUGUCCCCGCUCUCUCUCCCUGCAGUGCCCCUCUCUCUCCGCUGGGGGCGCUGUUCCCGCUCUCUCUCCCUGCAGUGCCCCUCUCUCUCCGCUGGGGGCGCUGUCCCUGCUCUCUCCCUGCAGUGCCCCUCUCUCUCCGCUGGGGGCGCUGUUCCCGCUGGCCGCGCCAUAAGCGCAGAGUGAGAGGUGCAUGAAAUGGAGAAAAAUGGCGGAUCAUGUGCAGGGCCUUGCCCAGCUGGAGAUCCUGUGUAAGCAGCUGUACGAGACGACCGACACCGCCGUCCGACACCAGGCAGAGAAAGCUCUGGUCGAGUUCACCAACAGCCCCGACUGUCUCAGCAAAUGUCAGCUCCUGCUGGAGAGAGGCAGUUCUUCAUACUCUCAGCUGCUCGCUGCGACCUGUUUGUCUAAGCUGGUGUCUCGAACCAGCAACCCUCUGCCGCUCGAGCAACGCAUCGACAUCCGGAACUAUGUGCUGAAUUAUUUGGCUACGCGGCCGAAGCUCGCAGCCUUCGUGACCCAGGCUCUGAUCCAGCUGUACGCCCGGAUCACCAAGCUGGGCUGGUUCGACUGUCAGAAAGACGACUACGUCUUCAGAAACGUCAUCGCCGAUGUCACGCGCUUCUUACAGGACAGCGUUGAACACUGCAUCAUCGGGGUCACCAUCUUGUCCCAGCUGACCAAUGAGAUCAAUCAGGCUGACACGACGCACCCUCUGACCAAACAUAGGAAGAUCGCAUCGUCGUUCAGAGACUCCUCUCUCUUCGACAUUUUCACUCUUUCCUGUAACCUCCUCAAACAGGCUUCGGGGAAGAACCUGAACCUGAACGAUGAGUCUCAGCACGGCCUGCUCAUGCAGCUGCUCAAACUCAGCUACAAUUGCCUCAACUACGACUUCAUAGGAACUUCCACAGACGAGUCGUCGGACGACCUCUGCACCGUGCAGAUCCCCACGUCCUGGAGAUCAGCGUUUCUUGAUUCCUCCACCUUGCAGCUCUUUUUCAAUUUAUAUCAUUCCAUCCCUCCGUCCCUUUCCCCGUUGGUGUUGUCAUGUCUAGUUCAGAUAGCCUCCGUCAGGAGGUCUCUCUUCAACAACGCAGAACGAGCAAAGUUUCUUUCACAUUUGGUGGACGGAGUGAAGAGGAUACUAGCAAACCCUCAGUGUUUGCCAGAUCCCAACAACUACCACGAGUUCUGUCGUCUGCUGGCGCGGCUGAAGAGUAACUACCAGCUGGGGGAGCUGGUCAAAGUAGAAAACUACCCCGAAGUCAUCCGCCUCAUAGCCAACUUCACCGUCACCAGCCUGCAGCACUGGGAGUUCGCCCCCAACAGUGUUCACUACCUGCUGAGUCUGUGGCAGCGCCUGGCAGCAUCGGUCCCCUACGUUAAAGCCACCGAGCCUCAUCUGCUGGAGACGUACACUCCAGAGGUCACCAAGGCCUACAUCACGUCGCGGCUCGAGUCGGUGCACGUCAUCCUCAGAGACGGUUUAGAAGACCCUCUCGAUGACGCCGGCCUGGUUCAGCAGCAGUUAGACCAGCUGUCCACCAUCGGGAGGUGUGAGUACGAGAAGACUUGUGCUCUGCUGGUCCAACUGUUCGACCAGGCGGCUCAGACGUACCAGGAGCUGCUUCAGUCCACCAACUCGAGCGCCGCAGACAUCACUGUGCAGGAGGGUACGAGCUGCACUCAAAUGGGGAUUCAAGCUCAAGCUUUAAAUUGUCGGCUGACGUGGUUGGUUUAUAUAAUCGGGGCUGUGAUCGGUGGACGGGUGUCGUUUGCGAGCACAGAUGAGCAGGACGCCAUGGACGGAGAGUUAGUCUGUCGGGUGCUCCAGCUGAUGAAUCUGACCGACUCGCGGCUAGCUCAGGCCGGCAACGAGAGACUGGAGCUGGCUAUGCUCAGCUUCUUCGAACAGUUCAGGAAGAUCUACAUCGGUGACCAGGUGCAGAAAUCAUCGAAGCUUUAUCGACGACUAUCAGAAGUUCUGGGUUUGAACGACGAGACGAUGGUACUCAGUGUCUUUAUAGGGAAAAUCAUCACAAACUUGAAGUACUGGGGCCAGUGUGAACCAAUCACCUCCAAGACACUCCAACUACUGAACGACCUUUCUUUAGGGUACAGCAGUGUGAGGAAGCUGGUGAAGCUCAGCGCCGUCCAGUUCAUGUUGAAUAACCACACAAGCGAGCACUUCUCCUUCCUGGGGGUGAACAACCAAUCAAAUCUGAGCGACAUGAGAUGUCGGACCACCUUCUACACGGCACUGGGGCGCCUGCUAAUGGUCGACCUGGGCGAAGACGAGGACCAGUUCGAACAGUUCAUGCUGCCUUUGACGGCCGCGUUUGAAGCCGUGGCUCAGAUGUUGAGUACAAACACCUUCAACGAACAGGAAGCCAAGCGGACUCUGGUGGGUUUGGUCCGAGACCUGCGAGGCAUCGCGUUCGCCUUCAACGCCAAGACGAGCUUCAUGAUGCUGUUUGACUGGAUAUAUCCGGCCUACAUGCCCAUUCUGCAGCGGGCCAUAGAGCUCUGGUACCACGACCCAGCAUGCACCACGCCCGUCCUCAAACUCAUGGCUGAGCUCGUUCACAACAGAUCUCAGCGGCUACAGUUCGACGUGUCGUCACCGAACGGCAUCCUGCUGUUCAGAGAAACCAGCAAGAUGAUCACGACCUACGGGAAUCGGAUCCUGACGCUGGGUGAGGUCCCGAAGGAUCAGGUGUACGGGGUGAAGCUGAAGGGGGUCAGCGUGUGCUUCGCCAUGCUGAAGGCGGUGCUCAGCGGAAACUACGUCAACUUCGGGGUCUUCCGUCUGUACGGCGACGACGCUCUGGAUAACGCCCUACAGACCUUCAUCAAACUGCUGCUGUCCAUCCCUCACAGUGACUUACUCGACUACCCGAAGCUCAGCCAGUCGUUCUACUCUCUGCUGGAGGUGCUGACCCAGGAUCACAUGAACUUCAUCGCCAGCCUGGAGCCUCACGUGGUCAUGUACAUCCUGUCCUCGAUAUCCGAAGGACUCACCGCGCUCGAUACGAUGGUGUGCACGGGCUGCUGCUCCAGUCUGGACCACAUCGUCACCUACCUGUUCAAGCAGCUGUCACGCUCCACGAAGAAGCGCCCCACUCCGAUGGCCACGGACGAUCGCUUCCUUCACAUCAUGCAGCAGCACCCGGAGAUGAUCCAGCAGAUGCUGUCCACGGUGUUGAACAUCAUCAUCUUCGAGGACUGCAGGAACCAGUGGUCCAUGUCCCGGCCUCUGUUAGGCCUCAUCCUGCUCAACGAGAAGUACUUCGCUGACCUGAGGAACAGCAUCGUGAACAGUCAGCCCCCAGAGAAGCAGCAGGCCAUGCACUUAUGUUUCGAGAACUUGAUGGAGGGAAUCGAGAGAAAUCUACUAACAAAGAACCGAGACAGGUUCACUCAGAACCUGUCCGUGUUCCGGCGGGAGGUCAACGACAGCAUGAAGAACUCGACAUACGGCGUGAACAGUAACGACAUGAUGAGCUGACAUUCCUGUGGUGGGCGGAGUCUAAUCCAGCCGCAGACGGAGCUCGCCCCCCCCCUCGCUCCUCCACAGCCUCCCUCCCUCCCCCCUCUCUGCAUCAGCCUCCCCCCUCCUCCUCCUCCCUCCCUGGGCCCGGAUGCCUGGGGAUCACCUCCUCCUCCUCCUCCUCCUCCUCCCUCCAACACGACGUGCGGGGUCGCUGAUUAAACCCCCCCCUCCUCCCCCGUCACUCCUUUUUGAUAUAAACAUAUAUAAAUAUAUACAGAUAUAUUUUAAAGCGAUGAUGGUCUGACUCGUCCUCACAGUGGAGGGGUCAGGUGGGUGGGGGGAGGGCGGGGUGUCGCAUGUCUAAGCACUCGAAAUCACUGGCAGAGGAAGGAGGGAGUGCUGUGGAGGUGAGCGGAGGUCAGGUGGGGUCAGGUGGGGGGGGGUAAACGCCGGUAAACGUAGUAAUCUGCUUCUGCCUGCCUUGUAUAGAAAAACACACAAAAAACCAAGUGUACAUUUUUUUUCGUAACAUUUUGAACAAUGUUUAUAAUGAUCGAAUUUAAAAACCACAAAGAAGAGUUGAGGAAAAACAAAAAGACAAAAAAACACGGUGUGAUUGAGCUUUUUACAGUGUAGUGAGUUAGUGCAACUGUCUGUCUGCGUGGGGAGCGAGCUCUCCACCCGAGCUGGAGCUGACGGAGGGGGAGGGAGGGGAGGGAUGCAGGGUAGCCGCGGGAGGCUGCGGAGUCGUCACGCUGAACACGAAGAAGAAGAAGAAGAGGUACACACUAACGAAGGGAGAGUCAGAGCGUCCAUGUUGUACAUUUUCCUCAAGUCUCUGGUUGAAGUGAUGUAAAUAGUCGCGUCGCUCACGGCAGCAGCAGCUUCGCCGCCUUUAAAGGGACGUUCUGAUGUUUUUCAGCCGCUUCGCGUCCCGAGUUCGUCUCUGACCGCUCGGCUGUCGUCACCUGUCGCUCCGAUUGUUUCAUCAACACCGCCAGCUUACUCCGCCCGCCAACUGAAGCCGGCCGUGACUCUAACGCUGAGGUCGACGUCUUAAGAUUUUAACUUUAACGAGAAAUGUUGCUUUCACUGAACACCCCCCAGCCCCCACCACCACCACCCACCACCACCAAGUUGUCUGAGGUUCAGCUGCAUUGUGGGUAAUGUAGGCCCCAACAUGAUGUCUUUUGUCCAUCGUGAUUCUCAGUUAUCGGCCUAAUAAACAAAAUGAAUCAAAAUUGAUGCAGCAGAACCGGACAGCUCCGCUUCUUCUCCCUCAUCAAGACAUGGCGCCUACAUUACCCACAGUGCAGCUGGAGCCUUCGUAGCCCCACGCAGAAAUGAUGAGCAGCGACCAGUCGACCAGUCGUUCAAACCUGGUUUGUGCUGACGAGACACGUUGGACCAAACCAUGAAUGAAGAAUAAAUAAAAACGUCAAUUUUAUAAACUAAAAUUAUCCAGAAACUUCUGACGUGAAGCAAAACUAACUUUUGAUUUCUUCAUUUUCAGCAGCUCAUCAAACAUGUUCGAAGUUUCAGAACAAAAAGGAAACGUGAAAGUCAUCUGAAGUCACAUUUACACUUUGGUAUCAUAGAAAUCACUUCACGAACUCGUUAAUCGUCGCCGAGGCUGAAAAACAUCAGACUUCACUUCACGUCGUCCCGCCUGGUCCGCCUCGCCUCGGGCACUGUCCCGUCGAUCUCGUGCACGCUCGUGCACACGCCCGCUUCGUUUCCCCGGCGACGGUCGACGUGUAAACAACAUGGUCACAGCUGCACCCCCCUCUGGAAGGCCGGGUGCAGCGUCCACCACCCUGUUUACACUUUGAACUCCUCGGACCAGGUUCUGGGACUGACCCCCUUUAGGUCCUGCAGCGGAGUCUGUUUGGUGUGUGUGCGUGUGUGUGUGCGUGUGUGUUGUGGCUCUCUGUUGCCUGGUGUGUAUGUGGUGUCUCAUGGUGCUGCAAACAGCCGAGCUCUGCACCACCUUGCAGGAUGACCUGAUGGAGGUGAAGGUGGUCAGAGCUCCGUGAAGGAUCCAGUUGAGUUCAGCUGUCUGAAGAACGUGGCGUCGACCUUUAGUCAGAACCGUGUACAAAGAAGCCGGCGUGGAGUCUUUUAGCAACUUGUGUUACUCUCUACGAUGUUGCUGCUAACUGUUUGUGACAACUAGCUCAUUUCUAACCAUGUCAGCACUCAUGGAUGUUUAUUGAGUUUCUAAUUUUUUGGUUUGUGUCCCUGAUGUGAAUGUGUUGGGUCCAUAGAGUGAGUAGCUGUUUGAGUUGUUUGGAUGUCUGCUACAUAUAGUGUAAGCAUUGUGACUGCAAAUAAACCUCAUUGAUUUUUA